AUGAGGGCAGGAAAUUUGUUCCUCUACAUGCCUGUAGUUCUCUCUGCACAUUGCAUUUCUGUACUGUUAACCCUAGAAAUUAAUAAGAGUUGCAAAUACAACUUUAUGAGUAGUACCCCCAAUGCGCAACACACAACUAAAGUGCGCGCCACGGGAGGAAGAAGUGGAGGUAAGAUAAUAGGACAUGGUCAUUCUUACCCCUCAAACGAGAUUUACAAUGAUGAAUUAAAAAAAUAUAUUGAUACAAACGACGAAUGGAUUACAACCCGAACAGGAAUUAAAAAAAGGAGGAUUCUAAAACGAAAUGAAAAUAUAUCCAUGCUGCAGAUAGAAAGCGCUAAUCAGGCUCUUAAAAGCUGCUCGCUGAACCCGUUAAGUGUAGACAUGAUCCAUUUAAGCUUUCCCUGUAGCGACAUGGAAGUGAUGCAUUUUUUAAAUGUUGGUGCAUGUGUUACCUACUCUAGCUGA